AUGCGUUAUAGCGGGUUCAUACUGCUAGCAGCAGCUUCAGGAAUAGAAGCUGUAGCUCUUGAUCCUCGAGUCACUUCCUUGGGCCCGUCGGCCACUGCUACAGAGGCGGAUUGGUUUCAGACAAGGCCGCAAAGCUACCAAGGUAAGAAACAUUGCCAUUAUAUCGUGAAGACAGUCUCUCAUACAUCCAAUACAGGAGUAACCGCGACUGGAACAGCUCCUAUGUUGGCAGAGACCAAUCCUGCCCCGUUUGGCCAAAAGACCUACGUCCCAAAUGCUCCGUUGGAGACGUCUGAGCCUAUUAAAGGUGCUAAGAACCGUAAUAUUUUCCAUCUCAUGGGGAACCUGAGCCCAUAUUUCACGAGUGAGGAGGGAUUCGGCGUGGCCGAGUACCCUUUACCCGAGGGAUCAGAUAUAACGCAGGUGCACCUCAUCCAUCGCCAUGGGUCUCGUUAUCCCUCCGAUUCCGAGACCAUUGCGGCCUUCGCUCAACGGAUUGUCAAUGCCACGGCCCAUGGAACCAAGUUCACUGGAGACCUUGCUUUUCUUAAUGAGUAUUCCUGGUCCCAGGGCAUGAAUGUGUUGGUCCCCAUGGGCCGCCAGGAGCUCUUCGAUAGCGGUGUCUUGCAUUACUACAACUAUGGGUCCCUGUAUCGGAAUGGGUCCAAGCUGGUGGUCCGUUCGACUACGAGUGAUCGUGCCCUGAAGAGCGCCGAAAACUUCCUGGCAGGCUUCUUUGGCCUGGAGUGGAGAGAUUAUGCCAAUAUCCUACCUCUUAUUUCCGGAGGGGGAUUCAACAGUUCCCUGACUGGAAUGAGCGUUUGCCGCAACGCGGGAAAGAUCUUCAGUAGCCUUGAGAAUGACGCUAUGCGAACAUGGCAGGGCAUCUACCUUAAGGAUAAGACCCAAAAGCUGAGGAAAAUGGCCAGUGGUUUUAACUGGACUGUCUCUGACAGUGCAGAUGCACAAACUCUGUGUGCAUACGAGACGGUCAGCUUCGGCUACAGUUCUUUCUGCCAAUUGUUUGAUUACGAGGAAUGGGAGGGCUAUUCCUAUGCGUCCUCCAUCGUGUCGUCAUCGUUGAUGGGCUUUGGCAGUCCGAUCAGCCGUGCUACCGGCAUUGCUUGGGUACAGGAAUUCCUCGCCCGAGUCGAGAGUCACCUCCUUGACGUUGCUCCGGGCCAGACGAGCGCGAAUCUGACCCUUGCUACCAACCCGGUCACCUUCCCACUCGACCAGCCACUGUAUUUCGACUUUGGCCACGAUGCUAGCAUCCUGGCGGCGCUCUCGGCCUUUGGCAUCCGCCAAUUCGCCGACUAUUUGCCCCCGACUGGGCCACCUACCCAUAAACAAUUCGAUGCUGGGAAGAUUACGCCAUUUGCUGGCCGGUUGAACAUUGAGAUUAUCGAAACUCUGCAUGCCGUCAAGACCAGACGUCCGCGGGGUGAAAACGAGAGGUCUUACAUUUCCGGUACGGGCAAAACCCGCUACGUGCAUUUCCUCCUGAAUCAACGAACAGUGCCGCUGCAUGCCAGCUUCAAAGAGUGUGAAUAUCGUGACGAUGGAUGGUGUGAGUUGUCGACAUUCUUGGAGGUACAGAAAGGCAGCUUGGGUAAGGCGCAGUUUCAGUACUCCUGCGAAGGCAACUGGACUGUGGGCCCAUAUGGCAGUGUCACUGAUGGUGUUCCUCCCCAAUAG